AAAAAAGAUAUCAAAGAUGUUGAGAGUCAAUUACGUGGGGUUUCUUUUGCUGCUUUUAUUAUUGUGUUCUAACUCUGUUUCUGAUGAUUGCAAAACCAAAUGUGGAAACCUCACGAUCGACUAUCCUUUUGGCACUUCUCGUGGGUGUUACCACGACGAGAAAUUUCUCAUCAGGUGUAAUCAGAAAGAGCAAAAGGCGUUUUUAGCUAAGCAAAACCUCGAGGUGCUCAACAUUUCCCUCGAUGGAGAAAUGCAAAUCCUCAUGAAUACGACCCGUACUUGCUACAACAUCAACGGAGAUGUUACUAAAGGUCAAGAACAUGGUGUUGUAUCUACUGACUUUACUUUCUCCAGCAAGAACCAGUUCUUUCGAAUUGGUUGCAAUAUAAUCACCUCUGCGAUAUUUGAUGGGCCAAUGAGAGUUGCAACCGAAUGCAUUACAUAUUGCAGUUCACCUCAACUUAAUGAUGGAUCAUGUUCUGUUCGGGGCGGUUGUUGUAGAUCAUUUCUCGAUCCUGGAGCCAGCAAGUUAAAGUUAGAAACAAUGACCUAUCCUAAUCGGACAGAUGUGUUUGAUUUUAAUCCCUGCAUACAUACAUUUCUCGUGCAAGCCGGAUAUUACAAUUUUUCUGGACGAGAAGAUCUUAAAAACCUGCGGAACCUCACACAGUUUCCAGUGUUAAUAGACUGGAGUAUCAGUGAUUUGACAUGUGAGCAAGCUGAGAACAAAUCAUGCCAUCAGAACAGCGUUUGCAUCAACCGUAGACAUGGGCAUACCUGCAAAUGUCAAGAGGGGUUCCAAGGGAAUCCAUAUAUCCCAAAUGGUUGUCAAGAUAUCGAUGAGUGCAAAUUGAGCGAUCGUCAUUGUGCGGAGCAUGAAACCUGUCGCAACACCGUUGGUUCUUUCCACUGCAAAAAACGUAAAGAAUGGGAAAUCAUUCUUCUUGCAAGCAUCAUUGGGAUCUUGGUCGUCUUGCUCGUCAUCUGCGGCCUAGUGCUAAAAUAUAAGAGCAGGCAAAAAGGCAAAUGCAGAGAGAAACGUUUUGAAGAAAACGGAGGCAUACUGCUGGCACAACGACUCUUAGACUCGGGCACACAUGCACCCAUCAAGAUCUUCAAGGAGGAAGAAAUCAAGGCGGCUACUAACAAUUAUCACGAGACCAGAAUACUGGGUAAGGGAGGGCAGGGAAUUGUCUACAAAGGGAUUAUGCCAGACAACACUGAAAUCGCCAUUAAAAAAGCUCGAGUUGGUGACCGUGAUCAGGUAGGCCAGUUCAUCAACGAAGUAGUUGUCCUCUCACAAAUCAACCAUCCACACGUGGUGAGGCUUUUGGGUUGCUGCCUAGAAACCCAAACUCCCCUCUUGGUGUACGAGUAUGUGUCCGGUGGAACGCUUUACGACAACUUGUUCGGUUCUUCUCUGCCAUGGGAAGACCGGUUGAGGAUUGCAGCAGAGAUCGCCGGAACUCUUUCAUACCUCCACUCCUCUCCUCCGGUCCCAUUAGUUCACCGUGACGUCAAGCCCGCCAAUGUUAUCUUGGAUGACACGUUAUCCGCCAAAGUAUCUGACUUUGGGUCUUCGAGGCUUUUCCCUGCAGACAAAGAACAGCUGACAACACUGGUACAAGGAACAAAAGGAUAUCUGGACCCGGAAUAUUUUAAUACAAGCUUGUUGAGCGAAAAGAGCGACGUUUACAGCUUCGGUGUCCUUCUGAUGGAGCUGGUUUCAGGGGAAAAGGCCGUGUUCUUUAUCCGACCACAAACUGAAAAGUUCCUGGUGACUCAUUUAGAAUCUGCUCUGAAAGAGAAUCGCUUAAGUGACGUUAUGGACAGGAGGGUGGUGAACGAAGAGAAUCGCUGGCAGAUUUAUGAAGCAGCACUGUUGGCUCUCAGGUGCACAAAAGUGAAAGGAGAGGACAGGCCAGAUAUGAGGCAAGUAGCUGCAGAGCUUGAAGGUUUGAGAGCUUCAGGGGCAACAUGGGUCGAGUCUAUCUAGAUCAGGAGUUUGAAAUUGAAUAAAGUGAUUGAUAUUUAUUUCCUUGGAGUACUAAAAGCAAACUAUCUAUAACUUGUGUGUGUUGUUUUUUUUUGUUUUUUUUUAAUUUCUUUCUUUUCUUCUGCAGCCUUUGGUUGUUUGUGUAAUGCUUGAACCAGUACUAUGUUUUCAU